UGAGUUUAUUCAUUUAUCUUUCGAGUGUAUUAUUCAUUUUAAAUCUUCAGUCUACUGAAAUUAAAGUUUACCUUUGAAGCUUCAUGUUUGAAGACUGCAGUUUUUGCUAGAAGCUUCAAUAAAGCACAAGUUUCUUUCAUCAGUGAGAAAAACUUGAGUUGAUAUUAACUUCCUACUUCUUUCUUUUUGUUCGUACUAUGAAUAGUUAUGGAGCCAUAUUCUGGUCACUUACCUCUCGUCUCUUCUUUCAGAAACGAAUGACGUCAAAACGAGAGACGAAUUUCGUCUCUCAGAGACAGGUGGUCACUUUUAACGAUCUCGUCUUUAUUGAUGACGUCAUGAUUCUACUAGGUUGAUUAUACUGUAUAUGUUUGGAUUAUCUGCGCGCGCAACAUAUCACAGAAUUUUAACCAAUGAAAUUGUAAGGUUUCCGAAAAUGCAGAAUAAGAACACAUAGAGCACGUGGUACGACACGAGGUAACCAAAAUGUCUCGAGUAACGUUAUCUUCGGAAUAAAUGGAAGUUUUGGUAAUCGAGCUUCAAAAGCGUCCGCAUUUAAUUGAGGGAAAAUUGGAUGGAAAUAUUUCAAAAAAUACUUUGCGAGACGGAUGGCUAGAAAUAAGAGGUAAAAUCAACAGUAUAGCCAAUGAUCGAAGUGGAAUCAUUAAAAAAAAAAAAAAAAAUGAAGUGGCGUUCCCGAAUUAAAUGUAAAGCGGCCGCUCUAAGAAAAGACUUCCGAGAUUAGUUUUUAUGUACACAUCUUGUAGCGCUACUUUUGUAAUUUAUCUUACGAUACAAAACCAGGCUACAUAUAAAAACUUAAUCUUUAAUUUCUUAUGUAUUGUACAUGAGAUAUGAUGCUACACUACUGGAUGAACAUAGAAUCGAGAACACGUGCGUACAGAGCGAGGUUCGAAUUCAAAGCGUGAGAUCAUAGUGUCAGGUUGCCAGGUCUGUUAAGUUCAGAGUUCCUACUGGUGGCGACUUUUGUAUUUAUGGCCAAAGCUGUUGCCACACAUCUGUUCAUAAAUUUAUUUCAAUAAUGAGUGUGUACGUCUAAAAGAGUAGAAUUAUCUGUGUUCAACCUAGUGCUGUCAUCUUGUAUGGGUGUAAAAUGUGGGCAUGGCAGAAGAAAAUUGAAAGUGGAAUGAAAGCUGUUCCUGCAUGCAGCUUGUGCCAAAUGCUCAUGGAUAGGAUAAGGAAUGAAAGGAUUUAUGAGUUGUGUGGAAUGCAAAAGCAAGUGAGUGAGCGGGCACAAGGGAUGUUGCUAAGGUGGUUGGGAUGUGUGGAGCACAUGAGCAAUGAACGACUGUUAAAGUGAGUCUGUGUUGGUGAGAUUUGUGGCAAGCGGUCUAGGGGCUGCCUGCUAAAGAGAUGGACAGAUGGUGUGUGAGAUGCUUCAAUUGCAAAGAAUAUUGUGAGUAUGCAUGGAUGAAGUCAGCAUAAAUGUGUAUGAAAGGCCUCAAUGAGUAUGGAAGAAGCGAGAGAAAUAUGUUUGGAUCAAGCAGUGUGGAGGCAGCUCAUUCACUGUCAUUCUGAAAGGGAAAAGGCAUGAAUUGUUCUGAAGGAUGUAAUCAUUGGAAUAAAUCAAUCAAUUCAUCUUGCAAGGAAGUGUGUCAAACUUCAAAGAACUCCUCAAAUCAAUGGGGUCUAUACUGCACAAUGGGUUGUAAUUUUGCAGUUACUGCAUACAUUCAAUUAUUGAAAGAUGAAAUUGGUAUACCUUCAGCUCCUUACCUUGUUGCUGGAUCUCAAACACAUAAUUCUGUAACAAUAAAGUGGGAAAAAUCAAAAUAUAGUAAUAUAACAUAUUUAGUACAAUGGUGUUAUGAAUCAAAUCCUAAAGAAUGGAAAUAUUAUGAUUCUGAAAACCCACUAGAAACAAAUGUUCUUCAAAUAAAACACCUCUAUCCUUACACAAAAUAUAAGUUCCGCAUAGCAUGGAUAUUAUUACCUCAUUAUAAACCUUUAUUAUCUAAGGAGAGCUUUGCAAUUACAACAACAUCUUAUGGUGUGCAUUUUUAUUAUAUACAACCAGUUGUUGAAGAGGAUGUUUUAGAUAAGACAGAUAAACCUUAUUAUAUGUUUACAAAUUUGCAUCCAAAUACAACUUAUGUUAUAGCUGUGGCAGCAAGAAAUAAUGUAGGAGAAGGGCCAUCUGAUAGCAGAAACAUAACAACACCAGAAAAAGAAAGAAAUUCAAAAUCUCAGAUGGUAGAUCCAUACCUCUUAUUUCCUACUCAACACUGUAUAGCAAAACACAGUUUAUCUAUUUCUGAUGUUGAAGAAGUAAUUUUUUGUCCAGCGAAUAAAUCAGCUUUUAUUACUGGCAUGGCAUUUCAUAUGAGAGAAGAAAAAAUAUAUGUUUCUGACUCUACAGGUUCUAUUUAUUGCAUCUCUAUGUAUGAAAAAUUUCAAUUAAAUCCACCAAUUAUUGAAGCAAGAUCUUCAGUUUCAACUUUAUUAACUCUUGAUUGGUUAAACAAUCAUUUAUAUAUGGUUGUAGAAAAUAAGAUAAACAGAUGUGAAUUAAAUGGAAGUAACUGCAGGACAGUAAUUGAAAAUCUAUAUAAACAGCCUAGUGAUUUACAUGUAGAUCCCUUUCAUGGGUUUGUAUUCUUAGUAGAUUUACAUGAUAUAUCUCUUAAGCCUGCAUUUGAAAAUGACAUUCAGUUAAUCAUAAAGGAUUAUAAUUUAGAGACAUUUACAAUUGAUUAUAUGAAUUUUAGAAUUUUAAUUCCAAAUGCUACAUUAAAUACAAUUAUAGCUACUUCUCUUGAUGGUACUGAUAGCAUUGAUAUUCGAUAUAAUUCACACAGUCCACAUUUUUCCAAUGUAAAAAGUUUAACUUAUCAUAACAAUUUGUUUUAUUGGACAACUGGCACAAGCAUAUAUGGAGAAGAAUAUCAUUCUAAAGUAGAUAAAUAUUAUCGCAAUAAAUUUCUUAUUAAAGCUAAUUAUAUUUCAAAUGUAAAAGUGCUUCAUAUUGACUCUCAACCAUAUCCAGUUCCCUUGAAUGAAGUAGAAAAUGUUCAAGCACUUUUUCAAGAUGAAACAGCCAAAAUAUUUUGGUCAAAACCAAAACUGUUAAAUGAUGUUGGAAAGGGUGCCUGGCAGAAAUGGUUCUAUGAAAUUCAUCUUUUUGAUCAUGUCAAAAAUCUCACAAUAUUUGGAAAUAGGACUGCAAAUAAUAUUUACAAAAUUUUUACUUUGAGACCAAACACAACCUAUUCAAUAAAAAUAAGAGCAUGCAGUCUUGGUGGAAAAGGAGAAUGGUCAUCUGAAUUUGUAGGAAAGACAUUAAUGCAAAAUAAUUCACCAGGUUAUCCAUAUAUUAUUUGGAGUUCAAGAGAAGGAAUUAUAAAAUCUGAUAUUAUAGGAGAAAAUGUAGAACCAUUAAUUUAUAAUAUAAAAUUAGAUGAAAUUGGCGUAACAGUGAAAGGAGAAUUAACUGACAUUAAUGUAAUUCCCGAUAGUAUUCUUGAAAAAGAUAUAUGGGUAGAGGGUAUGUGGAACAAUUUCACUAUUGUAUGGAACUCUAUUACAAAUGUUAAUUAUGGAGAUAUAUUUUAUGAAAUUAAAUUGAAUGGUCCAGAAGAUAUAAAUGGAGAGAUAUCAAGAGCCAAUUUAGAUGGAACACAACCAGAAUCUCUUUCUAUAAAUACUUUGGCUGAAAAACUUGUCAUUGAUUCUCCAUCAGGACAUCUUUAUUGGUCAACAACUCAUUCUGUUGAAGGAUCAAAUUUAAAUGGUGAUAAUACAUAUACAUAUAUGCAGACUGGUGUAUUUUCAGGUAAAAGAGUAAUGGGCCUCACUUUGAAUUAUGAUCAACAAAAAAUAUAUUGGACAAUUAGAAAUUAUGAAGGUUCUUGGCUUUAUAGUGCAAAAACCUUGAAAAAUGUUUUUGGCAGAAAUAAAGAUGAUGUCAUAGAAUUGAUAGCACAGUUACCAGAAAAUGCUAUUCAAGGUCCCCUAUGGUAUUUUAGUGAUCGUCUUUUCUGGAUUAAUGAAGAGAAAGAAGCAUUAAUUAGUGAUAUGUCUGGAAGAAAUGUUGCAUGUUUUAAACAUGUAGGACUAAAAGAUUUGGAAACUCUCACUAUUAUUGAUCCAGCUCUACAGCCAUAUCCAAUGAAAGGAGAAUUAACUGACAUUAAUGUAAUUCCCGAUAGUAUUCUUGAAAAAGAUAUAUGGGUAGAGGGUAUGUGGAACAAUUUCACUAUUGUAUGGAACUCUAUUACAAAUGUUAAUUAUGGAGAUAUAUUUUAUGAAAUUAAAUUGAAUGGUCCAGAAGAUAUAAAUGGAGAGGAUCCUGUGGAAUGGAGACUCUUUAUUGACUUGUUAAAGUUCAGCCUUAAAGGAGUUUUGCCAUACAAUGGCAACAAACAUUCGUCUGUUCCAGUUGCUCAUGCUGUUCACAUAAAAGAAACUUACAACAACAUGAAGGCAGCUGCUGAGCAUAACAAGUCAUGGGUGAUUUGUGACGCCCAGCAGCUGCCUAAAUGUUUAUCUACUGAUGCUGUGAAUGUGUUAAAUCCUUCAUCACCAGAAAAUCCUAGAAUUUUUAUUAUGUAUAAAUCAUCAUUUUUGUUUCCAAAUGACAUUGAAGCUGAAUUUCGUUGGUCACCUCCUCUUCAUAUCAACGGAAUUCUUUUGGGUUACCAAAUCAACUGUUGGCAUAUGAAGGAAAAUAAGAGUACAUCACUUUGUCAUAAUGUUACUGUUGAUGGUAGUAUAUUAAAAUAUAAAUUAAAAAAUCUACUACCAAAUUGUACUUAUUCUUUUCAGGUAGCAGCAUAUAAUGUUAUAGGAAUUGGAACAUUUAGUGACAUUGUCAAAACUCAUACUUCACAAGAAAAUCCAAUACCAAAACUUUUACUUGUCAAAACUGAUACUGUUGAAAUGACUGAUCUUGAUACAGCUGAAGAGCAUUUGCUAUCUAAUAAAAUUAUAGAGCCAGUUGCUGUUACAUAUUUAGCAAAAGAUGAUAAAAUUUUUUGGUUAGAUAAAAAUAGAGCUCUGAUGUCUUCUCAUAUGGAUGGCAGCAAUACAGCUCUGAUUCAUUCAUUAUCAUCACCAGGAACAAGUUUAACCAUUGAUUGGAUUGGAAGGUAUUUAUAUUGGGCUGAACAUGAAAAUAAUUAUUAUGAUUCUAUUUGGAAACUGGAUAUAACUUCAUCACAAGCUCCGCAUUUCAUAUUAAAUUAUUCUUCUACAAUAGAUUCAAUAGAAGUGGAACCUUUUACUAGAAAAUUAAUAUGGUCUGCAAUGAAACAAGAUAAAUAUAAUUUAAUGAGAAGUGAUACCAAUGGACAAAAUAUAGAAAAUUUUUUCUCAUUAAGUAAUAAUUGUCAUUCAUCAAAAUCUGAUAUACAAAGAAAUCAAAUUGGACAUUCCUAUAAUUGUUCAUCAUCAUUGUUUGUUAGAAGAGCAUUCACAAUAGACAGAUCAAAUAUAUCUCAUCCAGAAUUGCUUUGGGUUGAUGGAAAUGAUGGACAUAUUUGGGCAUCUGAUCUAAAUGGUUGCAAUUGCCGAAUUUUAGUUAAUGCUAAUGAAAAUAAAAAUAUUGGAUUACCUCCAACUUCUAUUACUGCUGAUACAACAGCAAUCUAUUGGUUCAAUAAUGAGUCAGGUGGAAUAUAUAGCAUGAAUAAGAAUUCUAAGUUUCAAAAUCCACCAACUCCUCCUCCUAAACUACCUACUUCAGCUUCACAAAAAAGAAGAUUUCAAUUGAUCAAGGAAAUUCAGGGUGUUAAGCAAAUAUAUGCAAUUGGUUCACAUCUUCAGUCUUAUCCAGAUAUAAAGUGCCUAUAUCCAUCUGAAAGUGGAAUCCCUCAGUUAUUAGAUAGUUCUUUUAAUUCAUUAAAGUUACAAUUACCUUUAAUUUCACAUUCUAAAGAUUGUACAGAUAUAUCUUUACCUACGUUUCAAUAUACAAUAUAUUAUAGUGAAGUCAAUAAAUUCAAUAAGAUAAUAAAUUGUGAAUUUAAUAUUUCACAUUGUAUUAUUAUGAAAACAUAUGAUGAUAUAAUUGUGCUUACUGGAUUAAAACCAUUUACAACAUACAUGAUACAAGUAGCAAUUAAUAAUUAUUAUAAUAAAGGAAAUAUUACUCUUGGACCAACUGUUACAUAUCAAACAAAAGAAGGAGUUCCAAGUGCACCUGAUAAUAUAAUUGUGGUUCCAGUAUCACCUGAGCAGUUGGAUGUUUAUUGGAACCCUUCUAUCAGAUUUAAUGGUAAAUCAGUUUCUUAUGAAGUUCGUUGGAAAGUAGAUUACUCUGGUGAUCAGUUUAAUUUAGACACACAUGCAAGAAAAGCCCACGAGAAAUGCAUGAUGAAACUUAAAAAUCUUUUGCCUGGAACUAAAUAUUACAUAGUGGUUAGAGCAUAUUCUUCUGGUGAAGAUUUAUAUAAUGAUAGUCAAGAAGUAACUGCAAAAACUUAUGAUCAGCCUAAUAAUUUAACUUUAUUGGAAACAAAUGAAGAGAAUUUGAAAUUUUCUUGGCUUUCUCCCUCAGAUGGAGUUAUUCAGCAUUCGUUAGAAAUAACUGAAUUACCUGAUUUUAAUUGGCAUGAAGUGUUAAAACAAGAAACUUCUGAAGAAACUGUUUACAACUUUACUAUAGAAAAUUUAUAUCCAAGAACAAAAUACAGUGUCAGAUUGGUACUUACUUAUGUUGAAAAUAAUGUUUCUUAUGUUUGGCCUAAAGAUACACAGAUUAUAUAUGAAACAUUGGGCAAAAGUCCUAACAUACCAGGAAUUCCUUAUGUUCAAAAUGUAGGAAGAGAUCUUUAUCAAGUUGUAUGGACAGAACCAUUUCCCUUUGAUGAAAAUACUAUAUAUCAUUUAGAAAGCAAGAUAUUUAAAGAAGAUGAAUCAGAUUAUUCACAAUGGAAAUUAGUAUAUAAUGGAACAGUCAAUCAAUGGUUAACUGAAAAUUUGCUUCCCAAAUUUUAUUAUCAGUUCAGAGUACAAGCAAUAAAUGAUUAUGGAGAAAGCAAUUUUAGUAAUGCAAGUCAACCAUUUAUGGCAUUAAAUAGUAUAGCUCUAGCUAAUCAAACAAAUGGACAAAUUACAGUUAUACUUGCUUCCAUUUUACCAACUUUAUUUUUUAUUGCAAGCUCUCUUGGAAUAGUAGGAUAUAUAAGAGUUUGUCUAAAUAAUAAUCCCAAUUUUAUAAUUUUGGAACUAAUGGAAGGAGGAGAUCUACUGACUUAUUUGCGUUCACAUAGACCAUCAAUUUUUACAUCUAAUCCAUUAAAUCUGGAAGAUCUACUUUCAAUAUGUGUUGAUGUAGCAAAAGGUUGCAAAUGCUUGGAAGAAAUGCAUUUUGUACAUAGUUUCAGUAAUUUCAAGCAUGAACAUAUAUUACAAUUAUUAGGAGUUUGUCUAAAUAAUAAUCCCAAUUUUAUAAUUUUGGAACUAAUGGAAGGAGGAGAUCUACUGACUUAUUUGCGUUCACAUAGACCAUCAAUUUUUACAUCUAAUCCAUUAAAUCUGGAAGAUCUACUUUCAAUAUGUGUUGAUGUAGCAAAAGGUUGCAAAUGCUUGGAAGAAAUGCAUUUUGUACAUAGGGAUUUAGCAGCCCGCAAUUGUUUAGUAUCAAGCCAUGAUCCUUUUACAAGAAUUGUAAAGAUUGGAGAUUUUGGUUUAGCUCGAGAUAUAUAUAAAAAUGAUUAUUACCGGAAAGAAGGAGAAGGCUUAUUACCAGUUAGAUGGAUGGCACCUGAAUCUUUGGUGGAUGGAGUAUUUACUAAUCAAUCAGAUGUGUGGGCAUUUGGUGUUCUUUUAUGGGAAGUUAUGACAUUAGGUCAACAGCCAUAUCCAGCUCGUACUAAUUUAGAAGUACUGCAUUAUGUUAGAAUUGGUGGACAAUUAGAUAAACCUCAGAAUUGUCCAGAUGAUCUUCAUCAGUUAAUGGUUAUGUGCUGGAGUUAUUAUCCAGAAAAUCGUCCUACUUUUGAUUACUGUUUAGAAAAAUUGAAAGAAUUACAUAGGAAGUCUACAAGUGCUUCUCAUAUAGAUUCUGUACAUAAUCAUAAUUAUUUAGGACAUAUACAUAAUGGUGGCAUAGAGAACUUAGCUUAUCUUGAAGAUAUUCAUCAUAAUCAUCAACCUCAUCAUCAGUCCACUCAAGGUGGCAUAGAGAACUUAGCUUAUCUUGAAGAUAUUCAUCAUAAUCAUCAACCUCAUCAUCAGUCCACUCAAGAAAAUCGUCCUACUUUUGAUUACUGUUUAGAAAAAUUGAAAGAAUUACAUAGGAAGUCUACAAGUGCUUCUCAUAUAGAUUCUGUACAUAAUCAUAAUUAUUUAGGACAUAUACAUAAUGGUGGCAUAGAGAACUUAGCUUAUCUUGAAGAUAUUCAUCAUAAUCAUCAACCUCAUCAUCAGUCCACUCAAGGUGGCAUAGAGAACUUAGCUUAUCUUGAAGAUAUUCAUCAUAAUCAUCAACCUCAUCAUCAGUCCACUCAAGAUGAUUAUUCAACAAAGUUUGGAAGAGACAGGGAUGUGGAUACUUGGAGCACCUGUAGUGUUCCAUUACAGAUAACAAAUGAUUUGGGUGACACAAAUAAAUUAAAGAGAUCCUCUUCUGUUAAUCACCCCCCUCUUCAGAAUAUUUCUUCAAAUAUAUUUUCGAUUACUGAAAAAGUAAAUAGACAGUGUAAUGGUUUCCAUCCACCAAAAUAUCUUGAAAUAUUAGCAGAUACAGAAGAUAUCACAGAUGCAGAUGGAUAUGAAAUGCCAUUACCACCAUUCCCAUCUAAACGAAGAUUACAAAACAAGAAAGUUUUGGAAAAUAAACAGCUUCCAUCUUCAAAAACUUUACCAACAUGUUCAAAUGUCAAUAUUCAAAAUUUGGUGCCGUGUGUUGACACCAACAGUUUAGCAGAUUUGUUAAAUCUGCCAUGUCCACCUCCACCUUAUGCUCCUAUGGAUCCAAAAUUUAUUUUAAAUUUUGACAAUAAUGGAGAUAAAAGUGCUUGCCUCAGCAAUGGUGAUAGUUUCUAUGAAACUGAACAAUUACAUUCACCGACAGUGACAUCAGCUUUGCUAAAGUCAAAAUAUUCAGGUAAUGGUAGUUUCUCAGAAAAGAAAAUUAAUAAUGAUGAUAGAGACAGAUGGUCUGAUUCUACCAUACCUUGUCCAAGUGAGAUCAAUUCAAUAUUGGACGAUAUAAAUAACAGUGGUAUAUCUACACUAUCGGAGAUCUCUGGAAUUGAAUUAAAUUACGCACCUCACUCGUCUUGGUGCUGACAGUUAUAUUUUUGUGCCAGUUUAAAAAUUAAUACUUGUUAAUAUUGUAAAUAAUCAUUAAUUCUUAUGUAACAAAAUUAUCAUUUUUUAUGAAUGAGAUUGAAAUGAUUU